AUGUCAGUCUGUUUCUCUCCUGAUGGAAAUACAUUAGCUUCUGGUAGUGAUGAUAACUCUAUCCGUCUAUGGAAUGUUAAGAAUGGAUAUGAAAUUUCUUUCGAUGACAAAAAUUAUAAUAAUAUUCUUGCUUAAUAUAAAACACCACUUUUUUAGAACAAUCUUCUGCCAGGUAUUUAUUAAAUUAUUAUUAUUUAGUCUCUAAUUAUUCAUAUCAUAUUAUAUCCUAAUCAAUAAUAUUGGAAGCAUAAGGAACACUAAUCCUAAAAGGAGAAUUUAUAAACCAUUAAGGAAAAGAUUUGAAACCUUUAUUUAAAUCUAAAGGAUGUUGCUUUUUAGAAGAUUUAUAGAAAAUGUGA